AUGGCAAAUUGUUCUAUUCCUGCAAAGGAAGCAGAAUGUGAGAGCACAACGAAACCAAAUUGGCUUGAACUUCCAACAGACAUUACAACAAACAUACUCCAGAGGCUUGGCACCACAGAAGUUGUGACAAUUGCAUGCCAUGUUUGUCCUUUAUGGUGGAACAUAUGCAAGGAUCCUCUCAUGUGGCACACCAUUCGUAUACCCUUUCUUAGGAAUACAUCCUACUCUCGUGACGAUUUGGAAAAGAUUUGUCGCUUUGCUAUCAAACGGAGUUGUGGUCGUCUAGAAGACAUUGAUAUUGAAUGUUUUGCCACCGAUGAUCUCCUUGAAUGCAUAGCUGACAAUGCCAAUAUAAGAUGUUUGAGGCUUGCAAAAUGUCUAAAUAUUUCAAAUAAGGUAUUCUGUGAAGCUGUGGGGAAACUUCCAAUGUUAGAGGAGUUGGACAUUUCAUACUCCGGGCUAUCGACUUCUCUUGAUGUUAUUGGCCGUUCUUGCCCACUUUUGAAAUCCUUUAAAUUUGCAAGGCUUAGACUCAAGAGUUAUUCUUCUAACGGAGAUAGUUUUAUUAUUGCUGAAACAAUGCAAGGACUACGUCAUCUUGAUAUUGAAGGAAGUAAGGUCUAUAAUGAUGGACUGCUAGCAAUUCUAGACGCAUGUCCUCUUCUUGAAUCUCUCAACCUUCGAGGUUGCUCUAAUCUUGAUAUCACUGAAAGUUUGCAACAAAGAUGUGUUGAGCAGAUUAAAUCUGUUCAGUGGCCCACAGGGUUUGAAGAUGAAGACUACUCUUCUGAAGACUACUCUUCUGAUGAUUAUGAUUAUUUCUAUGUAUAUUCAGACGAAGAUGGUUAUGUUGAUCCCGAUUCCUAUGGCCUAUACUGA